GCCAGGUAGCUACCGCCCGGUCAAACGGAAGAAUAGACCAAUGGCUUUAGGAUUGAGCUAUAUAAUCAAUACAUUUAUUAUUUUCCUUAUUAUUGGAUUUUCUUUUGACUCUACGAGAGGUUCAGAUGUUCGUACAGGAAGAACGAGCUAGUGUUGCUAUAGCAUAAAAGUUGGUUAGCUACAGUAGCUAAUUGAAGGUAGCUAAAUUACUAGCUAUCUAGCUAUUUCAAUGUGAUCGCAAAUUGUUUUCAUACGACUUGGUACUGAAUUGGUUGUGUAACUUCUCCAAUCCGAAACCACUGACUUACUUUAUUUGUCAAAUGAAUCGUAAAUACCUAGCCAAACCAUGUAGCUAACUAUCCCGCAAGCUAGCUAAUUCAAUGAGGACUCGUACUUCUUUAGACUUCCCGAAUGAGACUGGAAUAACCUGCAAUGCAACACAUCCACUGCAGUUAAACUAAGGACACUUCUUAAAUGAGCUGGUGUUAUUAAGACAAUGGAAGCAUGUUUCAAGUCAUUUACAAGGGCUGGUAUCCUUUGGAGAAGCCUAGAAAUUCAAUGCAGGGUCCUUCCUAUCGGUUUUACCUGCAGGACAGCGUAUUGUUCUAGAUCAAUUUUAAAAUGCCAACUCUCCAAGCAUCUGUCGGUGACGAGGGGGAACGCAACAUUUUUACAACCAUGCCAGCUUGCAACAUAUUUCAUUCGCCAUAGAGUAACUGAAGCAUCCCUCUCCACUGUGGCUCCUGCAUUUGUUGUCAUGAAAUUUGACAAAGAUGGGAAUGUUACCUCAUUUGAGAGAAAGAAAAUGGAGCUGUAUCAAGAACUGAGUCUGCAGGCCAGAGACCUGAGAUUCCAACACCUCACCAGCAUCACUGCUCGGAACAACAACAUCAUCAUUCGCAUUGAGGCCUUAAAGGCUGUAGUGACCCCUAACUGCCUGUUGGUGUUGGAUUUCCGCGGUCUGGGCUUAGAGAGGUGGCUGGUCCAGGAGUUGGCACCUCAGUUGAGUGGGGACCACGGGGCGCUGGCCACUCAUUCGCUGCCAUUCGAGUUCCGUGCCCUGGAAGCUAUUCUGCAGCACAGGGUGAACACCCUGCAGGCUCGACUGAAUGAAGUUCAGCCUGUCAUUCUGGAUAUCCUCGAGUCCCUCGUGGAUCCUAAACUGCUCUCCGCAGAUCGCAGCAAACUGCACAUACUACUGCAGAACAGCAAGAACCUGUCAGAGUUGGAGACAGACAUCAAGGUCUUCAAGGACAGUCUGUUAAAGAUCCUAGAUGAGGACGAGAUGAUUGAGGAGCUUUGCGUCACCAAGUGGACGGAUCCCUGUGCAUUUGAGGAGAGCAGUCUGGGAAUUGAUCAUGCGGAGGAGAUGGAGCUUCUCCUGGAAAACUACUUCAUGCAAGCUGAAGAGCUGGGCAACACCACCAGGGAGCUGAAGGGUCUGAUAGAUGACUCAGAGAGUAUUAUCUUCAUAAACCUGGACAGCCACCGGAACGUGAUGAUGCGUCUGAACUUGCAGCUCACCAUGGGAACCUUCUCCCUCUCCCUAUUCGGCCUCAUGGGCGUCGCCUUCGGGAUGAACCUGGAGUCCACGUUUGAGGAGGACCCCAAGGUGUUCUGGCUGGUGACAGGCUUCAUGUUUCUUGGUAGUGGGCUAAUCUGGAGGAGGUUGCUGUCUUUCCUGGGCCGACACCUGGAGCCAACUGUCCCUCUACAGAUCCCAAAUGUGUGGAAAAGAAACCAAAUGAACUCCAAGGGAGCUGAGCUUAAGAGUGGAAUAAGAUGAUCGUUUCUUGUUCUCUGCAGAAGAAUCUAAAUAGACUGUUUUCAUUUGAUAUUUUGCUCAUAUGGAGAGGAAUGGGUUAUCAUUUUUUUUUUUUCCCAUAAUGCAUUUUUGCCAGUGUUUUAAAAUGGUUGCUAACUUCAUUAAUGUAUUUAUAGUCAUGGAUAUAUUAUGUCUUUAAACACCCAGUAUGCCUCAAGCUGGAAUCAGGGAUACUUCACCAAAGUUUGCUUUUACUCCCUACCAAGAACAAUGUUCACUGAAAACCACUUCUGACAGGGGUUUGCCUUACUGUACAGCGGAUGACAUUGUGUUUGUUCUGUCGAAACUUCAGAAGAACUAAAACCCAAGAUCAAUUGGCUUACGUUCUAUAAGUCUAACCUACACAAUGUAUUUAUUUAUUAGUGAAAUCUAUAAAAUAAUACCUGUCAUGUUGUUUGUCAUAAUUAUAUUUCAGUUGACUUACCUCUGUAAAUAUAGCAAAAAUUUCUUACA